AUGGAUGCCGGAGCAAAGGUGCCGAAGAAGGCCGCGGCGGGGCGCCGAGGCGGCGGCGGCCCCAAGAAGAAGCCGGUCUCUCGCUCGGUGAAGGCCGGCCUCCAGUUCCCCGUCGGCCGUAUCGGCCGCUACCUCAAGCUGGGUCGCUACGCCCAACGUAUCGGCACCGGCGCCCCCGUCUACCUCGCCGCCGUCCUCGAGUACCUCGCCGCCGAGGUCCUCGAGCUGGCGGGGAAUGCAGCGCGGGACAACAAGAAGAACCGGAUCAUCCCGCGGCACGUACUGCUGGCGAUCCGCAACGACGAGGAGCUCGGGAAGCUGCUGGCCGGCGUCACCAUCGCGCACGGCGGGGUUCUGCCCAACAUCAACCCUGUGCUGCUCCCCAAGAAGACCGCUGCCGCCGCCGCCAAGGAGGGCAAAGAGAAGAAGUCACCCAAGAAGGCCGCCGCCAAGUCGCCCAAGAAGGCGGCCGCCGCAUAG